AUGGGCUUCUACGACAACAUCGCAGCCAUCCAGGCUCGCGACCUCGUCCUCGAUUGGCCCAAGGGCGCCAACUCAUCCGACACCGUCUUGUCCGGCGUCCACUUCAACCUCACCGCCCUCAAGUACUGGAACUACACCUACUACGCCAACAACACUGUCUCCAACAACUCUAAGUGCUACCUGACCUUCGCGCCUUACCAAGCCGACUACGUCUUCGGCAAUGGAAGCUUCACCAACGCGACCAAGUGCUAUACCGCCGUCAAAAACAUUGGUGUUCGCGGCAAUGUCGGCAUCGGAUUCGCAUGCUUCUUCGGUCUCAUGCUCAUGCUGCUCCUGACCGUCCUGGCUAAGCAUGGCAAGAUGUAUCUGCCUCGCGAGCGCCGCUUCUAUCCCAUCGGCCGUCGCUGGCAGUGGUACUGGGGCAUCUUCGUCUGCGCCGCCGCCCUCAUCAGCCUCUUCACAAAUAUCGAUGUCGACCGAUACUAUCUGACGGAGCUACCCAUAACUCUCACUGUCUUCUUCUGGUUCCUCAUGUGCAUGGGCACCACGGCCCAGACCUGGGAGGCUGUCCGCCACUGGGGUAGCUGGCAGGAGCGCCAGUUCGUCGACCCGAAUCCCUUUAUCUACAGCGAAGACGAUCGUCGUGCCAAGAUUGAGUUCUGGUUGCCAUUGUGGUUCUACUUCUUGGUCUGGAUGAACUUCUUCCUUAUCGUCCCUCGAAGCUGGGGUUUCACUCAAAAGCAGCACUCUCCCGAGCAGACUGCGGCCAUUGCCAUCCCCGCCGCCACCAGCGUCCGUUUCAAGGCCGCUGCCUUCGUCCUGUUCGCCGCGUGGUUGACCAUUGUCUUCUCUAUGAAGCAUUCCAUCAAACACUACAGGGCCAGCCAGGGUGGCAUCUUCCGCCGUGCCUUUGGCUUUACCAAGGCCAUCCCUCUGCGCUUCUACAUCAUCAUUCCCCUCACGCUUGGUAUGAUUGCGUACCAGGCCUUCAUCGCCUGGGUCUGGGAUUACUCGAUCAUCCGAAGGGAUGGUCCCGUCGCCGUCAUCUAUGGUUGGGGCUAUGGUCCGUCGUUGUUGGUCCUCGUCAUCCAAGUCAUCUACGGAUACGCCAGCCCCAACGAGGAUAAGGACCUCAUCCGACAGAGGCGCGAGCGAGGUGAUGCCAUCGACCGAGAGCUUGGCAUCGUCAAGAAGCCUGCCUGGUGGCGCCGCGUCAAGGGUGAGCACCUGCAAACCCUGCGCGACAAGAUCACCAUGAACGUCAAUGAAAUUGGCGGCGGCAGGGCCACCGGUCGCCGAGUCGAGGACGCCGCUGAGCGUCACGCCCGUGAGGAGGCGCUGGCAGCUGCCAAGGACGACAUCGAGAUGUAUCCCGUCCCGCAGUCGAUGAAGAACGAGGCAAACCCCCGUAUCGACCGCGCCGGCGUCUCUGUCAUCCAGCACCAGCGCCAGUACCUCCCAACCCCUUACGAAGGCAAGUCGGAGCGUCGUCGCCACGAGCGUAACAUGCAGGCUGCCGCCGGCCUCCUGUUCCCCAACAACCUCGAGGCCGAGCGUGCCCGUCGCGAGGCUGAGUUGGCGCUCGAUGGGCCGCCGCCACCCCCGUACACGGAUAGCUCCUCCGAACGCGGCCGCAACGCGAACCGGCCAGGAAGCACCGGCCGGAGCAACAGCGCCGAUACGACCAACAGCAUCACUGCUGCGCCUCAGCAGGUGCGUAGCAUGUUGGACAUCUAA